ACCUGUACAACUAAAUCUGCUGUGUCAGGUGAACUGUUGACCGUGUUUUUUAGCUGGUCUAAAGAACGAAACUCUGUUCCAGUCAAAAGGAUGUAAGAGGACAGGGCCAGACGCAUCCCGGGAACGUCUGAAGACUGUGGUGGCUAGAAGAGUCCGGAAAGUCGGUAAGGCCUUCUGCUUCCCUGCCCCCUCUUCCAUCAGAGACCUCAGGAUCUGCUGCCAGGGGGCUGAAUCUCAGACUGGAUUUCUCUCCCAGCCUCAGGGUUCCUCUGGUCAUUCCUGGUGGCUCAAUCCCUGAGCUGUCCCCAUCACCAACCUUCCCUCCCUCCUAGGUUGCACUCUGACCCUGAAGACAGUGCCUCAACCCUGUAAAUCCCUGCAGGCCAGCCUCCUGCCCUGGGAUCCUUCUCCCUCCCCACCUCAGUGUGUAGAGGAUCUAGGCCUGACCAGCAGGGAGCCUGAACCAGAGGGAAUGUCCCCUGGCAGCUGCAGACCCCCAGCCCAGGAGCUGGUGACAUUCAAGGAUGUGGCUGUGGACUUCACCCAGGAGGAGUGGGGCCUCUUAGACCAUCAUCAGAAGGAGUUGUACAAGGAGGUCAUGCUGGAGAAUGUGCAGAACCUGUUGUCCCUGGGGCUGCCGGUUCCCAGAGAAGAUUUGAUUUCUUAUUUUGAGGAAAAGGAAGCACCAUGGCUCCUGGAGCAUCAAGGCCUAAGGAGCUGCUGUCCAGAAGGAGAGAUUAGACCUGAAAUGAAAGAGACUACUGCAAAGCUAAGCAUUUCUGUGAAAGAAACUCAUAAGAAAAGUUAUAUGAGGGAUGGUCCUUGUGACUUCACUGGGAGACAAAUCUGUGCUGCAUUUCAUGGAAUCCACAGAGGAGGAAAUCCUCAUGAUUGUCAUCACUGUGGGAAAGUGUUGAGUCAGCAGUCAUCCUUUAUUUACCAUCAAAAAAUUACUCCUGCAGUGAAACCACAUGAGUGUCAUGAAUGUGGUAAGACUUUUAGUGAAUACUCAUCCUUCAUUAUACAUCAGAGGACUCACGUUGGCAGGACACUUUAUGCAUGUAAUCAGUGUGGAAAGGCUUUCACACAGAGUUCCAAACUUACUCAACUUCACAGACUCCACACUACAGAGAAACCUUAUGAAUGUAUUCAGUGUGGAAGGGCUUUCACCCAGAGCUCCAGCCUUAUUAAACAUCAAAGACUCCACACUGGAGAGAAACGUUAUGAAUGUAUUCAGUGUGGUAAGGCUUUCAGGUAUAAAAGUGAUCUUACUCUACAUCAGAGAAUCCACACUGGAGAGAAACCUUAUGAAUGUAAUCAGUGUGGAAAGGCUUUCACACAGAGCUCCAACCUUUUUAGACAUCAAAGACUCCAUACUGGAGAGAAACCUUAUAAAUGUCAUCAUUGUGCAAAGGCUUUCACAGAGAGCUACAAACUUGCUCAACAUCAAAGACUGCACACUGGAGAGAAACCUUAUGAAUGUAAUCAGUGUGGAAAGGCUUUCACACAGAGCUCCAGACUUAUUAAACAUCAAAGACUUCACACUGUAGAGAAACCUUGUGAAUGUUUUCAGUGUGGUAAGACUUUCAGGUAUAAAAGUGAUCUUACUCUACAUCAGAGAAUCCACACUGGAGAGAAACCUUAUGAAUGUAAUCAGUGUGGAAAGGCUUUCACACAGAGCUCCAACCUUUUUAGACAUCAAAGACUCCAUACUGGAGAGAAACCUUAUAAAUGUCAUCAUUGUGGAAAGGCUUUCACAGAGAGCUACAAACUUACUCAACAUCAAAGACUUCACUCUGGAGAAAAACCUUAUGAAUGUAAUCAGUGUGGAAAGGCUUUCACACACAGCUGCAACCUUAUUCAACAUAAAAGACUCCACACUGGAGAGAAACCUUAUCAAUGUAAUAAGUGUCGAAAGGCUUUCACACACAGCUGCAACCUUAUUCAACACCAAAGACUCCACACUGAAGAGAAACCUUGUGAAAGUAUUCAGUGUGCUAAGGCUUUCAGGGAUAAAAGUGAUCUUACUCUACAUCAGAGAAGCCACACUGGAGAGAAACCUUAUGAAUGUAAUCAGUGUGGAAAGGCUUUCACACAGAGCUCCAACCUUAUUAUACAUCAGAGAAAACACACUGGAGAGAAGCCUUAUGAAUGUAAUCAGUGUGGAAAGGCUUUCACACAGAGCUCUAACCUUAUUAUACAUCUGAGGAAACAUACCGGAGAGAAACCUUAUGAAUGUAAUCAAUGUGGAAAGGCUUUCACACAGAGCUCUAGCCUUAUUAUACAUCAGAGAAAACACAGUGGAGAGAAACCUUAUGAAUGUAUUCAGUGUGGAAAGGCUUUCACACAGAGCUGCAACCUUAUUAAACAUCAAAGAUUUCACACUGGAGAGAAACCUUAUGAAUGUAUUCAGUGUGGAAACACUUUCAGGUGUAAAGGUGAUCUUACUCUACAUCAGAGAAUUCACACUGGAGAGAAACCUUAUGAAUGUAAUCAGUGUGGAAAAGCUUUCUCACAGAGCUCCAACCUUAUUAAACAUCAGAGACUCCAUACUGGAGAGAAACCUUAUGAAUGUAAUCAGUGUGGAAAGACUUUCAGGUGUAAAAGUGAUCUUACUCUACAUCAUAGAAGCCACACUGGAGAGAAACCUUAUGAAUGUAAUCAAUGUGGAAAGGCUUUCACACACAGCUGGAAACUUAUUGAACAUCAAAGACUCCACACUGGAGAGAAACCUUAUCAAUGUAAUCAGUGUGGAAAAGCUUUCACACAGAGCUGCAACCUUAUUCAACAUCAAAGAAUCCACACUGGAGAGAAACCUUAUGAAUGUAUUCAGUGUGGUAAGGCUUUCAGGGAUAAAAGUGAUCUUACUAUACAUCAGAGAAGCCACACUGGAGAGAAACCUUAUGAAUGUAAUCAGUGUGGAAAGACUUUCACACAGAGCUCCAGCCUUAUUACACAUCAGAGAAUCCACACUGGAAAGAAACCUUAUGCAUGUAAUCAGUGUGGAAAGGCUUUCACAUGGAACUCCCACCUUGUUAGACAUCAAAGACUCCAUACUGGAGAGAAACCUUAAAAAUGUCAUCAGUGCGGAAAGACUUUCACAGAGAGCUACAAACUUGCUCAACAUCAAAGACUCCACACUGGAGAGAAACCUUAUCAAUGUAAUAAGUGUGGAAAGGCUUUCACACACAGCUGCAACCUUAUUCAACACCAAAGACUCCACACUGAAGAGAUACCUUAUGAAAGUAUUCACCAUACUGGAGAGAAACCUUAUGAAUGUAAUCAGUGUGGAAAAGCUUUCACACAGAGCUCCAACCUUAUUAAACAUCAAAGACUUCACAGUGGAGAGAAACCUUAUGAAUGUAUUCAAUGUGCAGUCGCGUUCAGGUGUAAAAGUGAUCUUACUCUACAUCAGAGAAUCCACACUGGAGAGAAACCUUAUGAAUGUAAUCAGUGUGGAAAGGCUUUCACACAGAGCUCCAAUGGUAUUGAACAUCAAAGACUCCAUGCUGGAGAGAAACCUUAUGAAUGUAAUCAGUGUGGAAAGGCUUUCACAAAGAGCUCCAAACUUACUCAACAUCAAAGACUCCACGAUGGAGAGAAACAUUAUGAAUGUAAUCACUGUGGAAAGGCUUUCACAUAGAGCUCCAGCCUCAUUAAACAUCAGAGACUCCACAGUAGAGAGAAAUCUUAUGAAUGUAAUCACUCUGCAAAGACUUGCACUUGUAAAAGUUGUCUUAGUCUACAUCAGAGAAACCAUACUGUAUAUAAACCUUAUGAAUGUAAUCAGUGUGGAAUGGCUUUCAAAUGCAGGACCAGUCUUUCUGUACAUCAGAGAAUGCACACUGGGGAGAAAUCGUAUGAAUGUAAUCAAUGUGGAAAAGCUUUGUGAAUAAACUGGAAACUUACUCUACAUGAGAUAAUCCAUAUAGGAGAGAAACCUUAUCAGUGUAAUUAGUGUGACGAGGCUUUCCCACUUAGCUCAAAUCUUGUUCAAAAUCAGAAUCCACACUGGAGAAAUCUUGUGAGUGUUUAGAAUGUGAUUAACUUUAUGCACACCAUCUCCUUUCCAAACAAAUAUGAUGAAUGAAAAGUCCAUUUUUAAGUAUCAUUUCCUUUAUUCUGGCUAGUGAACAUUUAAUAAAAGAAUGGACAUUUA